ACGAAACUAACCACGACACAAGUGCCAGCCUUUGCAACAGGGGGUCUUAAGGAUAUUACUAUCUUCCUAAAGCACGCCGAACCCUCCUCGCUGCUCGUUAAUCCGACUCAGUUUUGCUUCGCUCCGCCACAUGACUGCGAUGCAAUGCGCUCCGUGGAUUCAAUCGCGCGACACGGCUCACUAAGAGACGGAAAAGAAUGAAUCAAACGCUAGUUUUGUAAAGCAUCCGGACGACUUUUCGCAUCUUGUUUGUUUUUGUUUUCUUUCUACGAAAAUGACUGCAAGAUGAAAUGACCGCUCCUCGUCAGAGUAUCACUCAUGGCUUUCUGAAAUCUCCGUGCACUUUCAGCCGUCCGUCGUCGGGACUUUUCUAUAGGCUGCAGUCGAUGAUAAUGCCAUUGGUGAAAGUUUGGAUGUACGGCUUCAACAGUCGAGUACAGUAAAUGUGUGUAACUCGAGGCGGGGUUAAAGUUCAGCUCUAUGGAGCGCUGAAGCGUCCCGCGCACUUCGCAGAGUUGGAAAUGUGAAAGCAAGAAGCAAGGCUUUAUUUUCCCUCUCUCCCUUCUUCUCUGUCUCUCUUUUUUCUCCUUUCAUACUCACGGACACACAUAUACAUACAUACAUACACAUACACAUACACACACUGCAUACAUUCACAUAUACACACCCGCGCGCGCACACACACACGCACGACACACAUACAUAAACACGCUGAUUCGUUACAGUUAUCCCGACACAUCGCCAAUUCAAGAGUUAAAACCGACAGAUAUGUAUUCUCCGCUAUGUCUAACACAGGAUGAAUUCCAUCCUUUCAUUGAAGCACUGCUGCCCCAUGUGAGAGCGUUCGCCUACACUUGGUUCAACUUGCAAGCCCGCAAGAGAAAAUACUUCAAGAAGCACGAGAAGCGCAUGUCUAAAGAAGAGGAGCGAGCCGUGAAGGACGAACUGCUUAGCGAGAAGCCAGAGGUCAAGCAAAAGUGGGCAUCGCGGCUGCUCGCCAAACUCCGCAAGGACAUCCGACCCGAGUUCCGCGAGGAUUUUGUGCUCUCCGUCACCGGGAAGAAGCCCCCUUGCUGUGUGCUCUCCAACCCUGACCAGAAGGGCAAGAUGAGAAGGAUUGACUGCCUGCGCCAGGCGGACAAAGUGUGGCGCUUGGACCUGGUCAUGGUGAUUUUAUUUAAAGGUAUUCCGCUUGAAAGUACUGAUGGCGAAAGGCUGGUUAAAUCUCCGCAGUGCUCGAACCCAGGGCUGUGUGUGCAGCCGCAUCACAUAGGAGUUUCCGUCAAAGAACUCGACCUGUACUUGGCCUACUUUGUGCAUGCAGAUACAGGGCAGUCUGAAAGUCCGAACCAACCCAGUGAAGGCGACAUGAAGGACCAGCCAGAAAACGGACACCUCGGCUUCCAGGACAGUUUCGUCACAUCAGGUGUCUUCACUGUCUCUGAGCUUGUGCGAGUCUCACAGACGCCCAUUGCAGCAGGAUCCGGGCCCAACUUCUCGUUGGCAGACUUGGACAGCUCUUCCUACUACAGUAUGAGCCCCGGGGCCAUGAGACGCCCCCUACCCAGCACUUCUUCUAGCAGUUCUGCAAAGCGUAUUAAAUGCAUGGAGGAUGAGGUUGACAGCCCGGGAGAGGAGUCCUACUACCCAGGCCAGGGACGCUCACCUGGCAGCGGCAGCCAAGCCAGCAGCUGGCAUGAAGUGGAGCCAGCUGGAUAUAAACUGCGUGGCUCGCUAGCUAGUUCGUUCAUCUCAAGACAAGGGAUGCCAUCGCCUACCACAUUAAAGAAGUUAGAGAAGUCUGGUUUCAGCAGCCCUGUGCCCACGCAGACCUCUUCCCCCAGAACGGCAUUCACACACCAUCAUCGACCUGUCAUUACAGGACCCAGAGCGAGUCCUCACGCCACACCGUCAAGUCUUCAUUUCCCGACGUCGCCAAUCAUCCAGCAGCCCGGCUCGUACUUCUCCCACCACGCCAUUCGCUACCACCCCCAGGAGACGCUCAAGGAGUUUGUCCAACUUGUCUGCCCUGACAGUGGUCAGCAAGCUGGACAGGUGGGCUUCCUUAAUCCCAAUGGAAGCAGUCAAGGGAAGGUGCACAACCCGUUCCUUCCCACCCCUAUGCUGCCCCCUCCUCCACCUCCCCCCAUGGCGCGACCCGUGCCCCUGCCCGUGUCAGACUCCAAACCUCCCUCCACCUCCACCGAGGGAGGAGGCAACUCCCCUACUUCGCCAACCUAUUCCACACCGAGCACGUCUCCCGCUCAGCGCUUUGUCAGCGUGGGCCCCAGAGACCCGAGCUUUGUAAAUAUCCCUCAGCAGCCUCAGUGGUACCUGGGCUAAAGACUCCCAACAUGGACCGGCCGGUCCCAAGGUCACUCGACCACCCCAUCUGUCUUCCCUGAGUACGACCCGCAAACAUGUACACCAGUCUGAACACAGAGAAGCCACUUGCUGCCCCAAUACCGGACAGACCCACAGCAUGGCUCCAGCAGAACCCCGCCCAAGCCCUGGAACAAGAGGAAUCAAUUCAACUUGCUUACACACACUUACUAUAUAUCUAUAUAGUCCAUAUGUAUUCUUCCAUAUGUAUGGUUUAUAUGCAUAUAUUCAUAUAUAGAAGCUGUCCUGCUCUUCUGAGAGGGGAGCUCGAAAGAAGAGCUUUGUUUUUUUGUUUUGUUUUUGAAAACAUGCACUUUUUUGUUGUUUUUUUUAUUGUUUUGUUUUGUUUAGUUGUGUUUUUUUUGGUUCACCCUCACAGACUGACAAUGAAAAUGUAACAGGACGCAAUCAUAGAUCUUCCCUCAUCUGUGCCUAUGGUCGGUCUUGAAGAAAAAUCGGAGGCAUUGAGAGUCAAGCCUCUUCUUAUCAAUUUAAAUUGAGUGCAGACUAUGGCCAAGGGUCGAAGCUCUGCCUUUCCCUUUCUCGCAUUUUGAUGGAUCUACCUGGUUUCGCAUUGGUGAACGUUGGUGGUUGGCAGGCACAGAGGUUUUACCUGGGUCAGAUACCACCAGCUAAAAUCUUUUCUUUGAUUUCAUUGCGUCUUCUGGCUAGGACCAUUUCCUCCUCUUUCCUCCACCACCAUCACCACCAUCAACUCAAAUUCAAGGACUCAGCAAGACACCAUCAAACUCCUUUCUCCCAUUCUUUGUGUUGUUUUGUCAUUUGUCAUCAUGGGGCAGGCAAUGAAGAGAUCAUGUACGGUGAUGUUUGAAAUCAAUCAGGUCAUUUACGGUAUGCUAAUGGGAGAUUUCUUUCGGAAACAUCUCCUCUCUUGGAGGCACGUUCAUAUUUUGUGUUUUCGUACAAAGUAACUUUCUACUAAAACCCCAGUUCAAGGUCUGUCGCAUGCUACAGAGAAUACAAAAGGGCCGAGUGAAGGUUUGAGCUUCCAUAAACUGACAACAACGAUCAAGUUUAACCGUGAAUAUUGAAUUGAGGAAAGUGCAAUUUUGUUGGAUAGAUGUUGGACUGUUUAAUAUCUUUGUAAGAUAGAUCAUUGAAGCAAUUGUUGAAAAGUAUAUAUAUAUAUAUAUAUAUCGCCGCAGAAAUCUGAUAUAUAUAUAUAUUUUUCUUCCUAGUCCAUUUAUACCUCCGGGACUCUAAAAUAUCGGGGGUACAAAAAGAAAUACAAUUUAAUGAUAAAAAUAGAACAAAAUAGCCUUGUGAGAAAAUAACAGGAGCUGUAACUGCUUUUAAUAUUGUUGUUUUUUUGUUUGUUUUUUUGUGUUUGAUUGAUUGUUUGUUCAUCUUGUAAAUUUGUUAGUAUUGUAGAACAACGAUCCCUUUAAAAAAAUUUGCCAUUUAAACAAUCAAUUUUUUACGAUUUCUGAACGCUUUGGUUGUUCAUUUUCAAAACACUAAGGUGAUUAACUUAUUAUAUGGAAAGUGGAAAAAUCGGCGUUCAAAUUUCUUGCGUAGCAAAUUCAGGAUCGUAAAUAGGCAAGAACUUAUACCUUAAAAUGUUGUCAAAGUUUGGUUUCCCUACAGCUAAUGGAGACCUUUUCGUAUGACUUUCUCAGGCGAAAGCACUUCUGCUUGUCGUAUGUAGUCACAGGUCGUCAAUACUGGGGGUGAAAUUUUCAACGUACGGCAAGGACUUCCUCUUCAGCACUUAUGAAAAUUGCGUAAAAAAUGUGAAGAUUGAAAAAGCAAAAAUAAUGCAUUUCUUCCAUUCCCUCGCAUGCAAUUUAAAAAAAAUGUUUUUGUAUUUUUACAGUUUUUUAUUUGAUUUUCUGUUUUCUAUAAAGAAACGUGUGUGUGUGUGUGUGUGUGUGUGUGUGUGUGUGUAUGUAUGUAUGUAUAUAUAUAUAUAUAUAUAUAUACACACACACACUUACAGCCUCAUCCAGUGUCGAUCAAAGUAAAGUCUAAAAGAAAAUAAUCUGCAUGUUCUAGUGUUAGUGACACAUUUUUACAUAGGUUAUGUAGAGUUAAAGUAGUGUGGAAAAAUAUAUUGUAAUCCCAACAUCAGGCACUUGCCGAUAAUGUAUUUGUUUGGUCCCUUGUAAAAGGGUAUUUUUACUGCUGAUUUCACAGUCAACCAGCUUAACAUAUCUCUGACUCUUCUAAGCUUGUCAUAAUUUCUGCAACGUUUCCCUCCCUUCUUUAUUCCCAUCAGAACAAUCAUUUUUAUGUGUUUGCAAUGUUCGCAUUUCAUGUUCCCUUCUCAAACUUCAUGGAACAAUUGUUCCACAUCAGUGUGCCUUGAGCGAUGGUCUAGUUGACGAAUUGCACAAGCUGCAAUGUGGGGAAUAUUUUUUCUUACUAUUUUAAACCACCUUACAUUGUGUAGAAACUUGGGAAGAUUGGGCCUUAUCCUUAAAACACAAAUGUGUUCAUAAAUCCAUUCUUGUGUAAAUUGACAAAUGGGACAAUUUACGCAAGAAUGGAUUCAUGAACGUUUUACAAACAAAUUCGCUCUGCUGGCUGUAAGGUUAAAAAAUCAAUGCUAAUAUAAAUGGCAUUUGCUAAGGAUAAUACACAGUAUUACUCUCGACCAUUUUACUACAUCACACCACUCUUGGUAAUCGCCAGUCCUUUGUACAAGACCUUAAAAUCUGAUCUUUUACACUUAAACCAGUCAAAAGUCAAUCAUUUUCAAGCUUAAAGCAUCAAGCCCUUACCUUAUCACUCAUAUGUUUGAUUUAACACUAGUGUAUUGAUAUUUAUGGAUGUUGCUGCGAUUUCGAAAUGAAGACUACUUCUUUUUCUUUUCAGUCUUCCUGUUGUUUUUUUGUUCCCAGAUGAAUAGUGAGGAAAAGAAUUCAUAUGCAAUACUUGCUUUUGCACUCUUUUCUUUCUUUUUUGUUUUUUUAAACAUAUUUUUGUUUUACCAAAGUGAGUGUUGCACUUGAAAGGUUGAGUGGCUGAACGUCAGUUUUUAUCAUACCCAUCAAAACAUGACAUUUAUGAAGUCCACAUCAGCCUCGCUUGGGUAUUCUACUUACUUUGUCAUAAGCGAGCCUUAAAACAAGUAAACUUCCUUUCCAUCACCAACACCACAUUUGUAAGAGCGAAAACGUCCAGGACAAAAAAGAAACGCAUACGCCCAAGUUUUAUGUACAUUUUGACAAAGUUCCAUGUUGUAUUAAAUGUUUACCUGUUUUUUUUCCCUCUCUCUAUUGCAUAUAUCAUUUAAGAAAAAAUAAUGGGGAAGACUUUCCCAGGCAUCUGAUGUGAUGGUUAAGUAGUUACACUUGUGUGGAUUGUGUUAUUUUUUCUAGUGUGACAUUUUGUUUUGUCAUUGUUCUUGCCUACCCUUUAGAAAUGAGUUGGGCAUUACUUUCUUUAUUGUCUGCACUAAAUAUAAAACAAUGACAAUUGUGAUAAAUGAAAGAAAACAAUUAAAAGAAACACACAAAAAAUUAUCUUCCAGGGCUUAAAAGAGCGAAGGGAAUCAUGAUUGCACGGAUAUAUAUAUAUAUAUAUAUAUUUUUUUUUUUUUUUUGGGUCACAAAACUUGUUUUCGAGCAGCCUAGCAUCUAAUCAGCGUGAUUGGCUGUAUGUGUGUAAGAUAAUGACAAAAUUGCACCCUUUUUAAAGAAAGACAAAAAAAGAGAAAAAGAACAUAGAAGCAAUAGUUUGGGCAGUCUGUUUUUGUUCUUGUGUUGUGUGUGUAAUCUAGUUUUUUUGCUACAAAGUGGAGAAGACGUUGGGAGAAGCGAACAAAUCAAAACGAUUCGUUUGAGAGAGUUCGGGCGGACGCACCUGAGUAUGGGAGAUUCGAUGUUUGUAUAUUGUAUAGUUUUAUUAAUUACACUGAUUUUAAAGCUGCCCUAUUUUAUAAUGCAGGACUUUUGUAACAUUGAUUAAAUGAGGAAAAACUAGUUAUGAAUUUUCUGAUUGUUUGUAUUAAGGCCACAUAAAUAGAACUGGUUUUGUUUGUCCUCUGGGGAACUGGAUAUAAGUUGAAAACUUUCCUGUUUCCUGUUUUUAUUUUUAUUUUUUUGCUUUCCAUUUUGUAUGUAUUUAUGGACUUACUUCUUCUUUUUAUUGGUAUAGAGUACUCCUAUACUUGAAAAGUGUAGGAUACUGAGGUGAAACCCCCAUUGUAAAUGGAUGUUACAAGUAUGCUGUAUGUUUUGAAGGUUAUUUGUCACAUCAGUGUUGAUGAAGUUAAAUCUAGAUCAUUCUGAGGAUGUUGGUAAGAAGAGAGCGUUUUUAUGCAUUUAAAAAAUUAGUUUUAGGCAGAAGACAAUGACAUAGACAGCCAAAGGAUGCCCCUAUUAUAAAUGCAUCUAGGCAUCUUUUUGUGUUCACCAUUCCAUGCAGGAAAAUAAACCGCUUGAUAUGCAA